CAGAUGCUUCGACAAGAACCGACCCUGUUCCGUCCCAUCUCCUAACCCGAGUGCAAAAGAAAAUCGCCGACCUCGACGCGCGUAAAACUCCGGUGCGCGAUAAAUUGCUUCUCAUCACUAUCUCCUCAGCCGGAUAACUUCUAUUCAAGGUUUCCGGUGUAACAUUUUCACCGGCGGGACCAUCAAAGUUCGUAGAGACGUCUUUGCACCAUCCCCGGAAUCAAAUCUGCCUCACCCGGGCUGCCGAAGUCCGAUAUCCCAAAACUGCGAUCGCGUAACCCCCACAUACUCGAGACUAUUCGGAUUUCUUUUUUUUCACCACCGCGACCACGACCAUGUCUCUCAGCCAGAAUCGGUUGCAGGAGGAGCGCAAGCAAUGGCGCAAGGACCACCCAUUUGGUUUCUACGCAAAGCCGCAAAGGACGGAGAACGGCACGCUGGACCUCAAGGUGUGGGAGUGUGGUAUCCCCGGCAAGGAGAAGACAAUAUGGGAGGGUGGUCUGUUCAAAAUGACCAUUACGUUCCCGGAAGAGUACCCGACCAAGCCACCCAAAUGUAAAUUCGUUCCGCCGCUGUUCCACCCCAACGUCUACCCAUCAGGCACAGUAUGCCUGUCUAUCCUGAACGAGGAGGAGGCAUGGAAGCCCUCCAUCACCGUCAAGCAGAUCCUUAUCGGUGUCCAGGAUCUGCUCAACGAUCCGAACCCAGAGUCGCCGGCUCAAGCAGACGCAUACAACCUCUUUAAAAAGGAUAAGGUUGAAUAUGAGAAAAGGAUCAAGAGGGUUGUCAGGGAGAACCCGGCUCCUUGAGCAAGAAUCAAGUUGGACCUUUUCCUACCCAAGAGGAAAAUGAAGCUCAGACUACAAAAAAAAGAACAAAAAAAAAACGAAAGCGAAAUUUCUGGAAUUGAUGAUAUGAAUCUUUACAGCGGCGUUUCGGAAUACCAACGACAAUGGCAGGGCAACUUGAGGCUUUGUCUCGCGUUUGUCCAUUUAGAUGGAGGAAAAGAUGAUACUAAUGGGCUAUGGGCUAUGGACUUUUUUUCGAGUGUUUACGAGAUUCCAGGGUCAGCCAAGGGCUGAUCCGUUCGUCACUGGGUGUGUGAGGACGGGCUCCUGAUUUGAUUGAGUGGGACAUGACUCCCACGAAAGCUGAAGAAUGCCAUUUUCAAGGUUGCGACAAAGAUAUGCAUGGAUGGGGCUUUUGGUGGAAAGACAUUGCAUUGUAACAGGAAUUGCAGAAUCCUUGAAUUCCCACCAUUUAGGUAGACUUGGAAAGAAAAGCACACCAGAGUCAAAAAGUGGCAAAGGGGAGAAAAAAAUAAUUUACAUCAGGUUGAAAACAUAACAUAAGAGGCGAAAACGUAUGUCGAAUUGUUUUUGGCCAAGCAAAUUCUCGGCGUUCCUCAAGAACCGAAUAGUACGAGAUCUUUACCAACUCCUAUUUUUCCAUUGGUCUUAUCAGUCGAUUUUAUGUAAUGACCAUG